AUGAGUCAAUGGAAUGUACACUCUCCUUUUUCUGUAAUCAAACGAUUCGAAGGGUCUGUACCAGUGCCUGAAAAGAAUCCCGAUUCGAAGGAAGAAGAUGCGAGAAGUCGAGAAGUGUUGCCCUCCAUUCCUGGCUCGAAAACAACGGACGAUGUUAUGAUUAUCGUGUUUACGUGCAAAGUGUGUAACACACGUUCUGCGAGAAAGAUGAGCAAGGAAGCAUACAACCACGGAGUUGUGCUGAUCCGUUGUCCGGGGUGUAACAACCUUCACCUAAUUGCCGAUCAUUUAGGAUAUUUUGAUGAUAAUAGCACAAAUGUUGAACAGAUUCUUGCCCAAAAAGGAGAAAAGGUGACUCGAAUGGAUGAUAAGCAAGUCCUUGAGUUUUUACACAAGGAGGAUUUGAAAUAAGUAGUGUCAUUUA